UACUAGAUCCAGUCUUGCGCGGUCAGGUUUGUGCAAGAUGGCGUCCAAAACUAACAACAGAAAACGCCAAUAUCAAACUAAUGAUGAUUAUUUUUGUAUCAGAGCAAAGGGACAAGUUUUAAAAGUACCAAAAGGAGAAAGUGACGAAUUCGAAGCUGGUAGCCAAGGAAAUUCGUCAAGAGUACCCCAAAAAAGAAAUAAGAAGAAAAUAUGUCGAAAAGACAAAAGAAAACAAGAGAGAGUUCAUAAAAAGGCGAAGAAGAAGGAGUUCUUUUCCAAGAAACUUGCUGUAAAACACGAUGAGACUCCUUUAUCAAAUCAAAACAACCCAGAGCAUGAAGCAUCUUGUGAAAAAGAUGUUCAAACAAAAAAGAAGAGGAAUAGAAAGAGAAAGCAAAAGCAUUUAAACCCAACUAAGAGAGACCAAGAAAUCCAACGAUUGAAGGAAGACAAUCUUAAAGAGGAAAAGGAGAUCAAGAAACUAGAAAAACUGUUGAUGAUCAAUAAAAAGAAAAAUGUUCCUGAACAGUUUAAAUCUGAUGGCCUGGACUAUCUCCUUGAGGUGUGUGAAGGAGGGGAGAAUUUGGAGAGUGAUUCAGAUGACUAUAAUGUCCUUAGGAAUAGGACUCCAUCCCGCCUAAAGGGAAAAAGUGUACUGAAAGAUCUAAGAACCACUGAUGAUGCAGGGAAACAAUCUGAUGAUGAGGCUUCCAAUGAGGAUGUUGUCUUAAGUGAUAACGAUUAUGAAGAUGAUGAUGGUUACGGCAACAGUGAAAAUGAUUAUGGUGACAAUGAAGAUGAUGAUGACGAUAACAUUGAUGAUGAUAGCAACUAUGAUGGCUUCAGUGAUGACAUUGGAAGUUUAAACAAUGAAGACGAAGCUGAUGUGGAUAACAAUGGUGAUAUUGAUAAUGUAGAUAAAGAUUUCUUUGAUAAUGAUAUCAGUAAUAAGAAUGACAGUGAUAAUGGAACCCAUAGAGACUCUACACUUCACCCAGUGUCUGGAAAUGAUUUGAAGAGUUCAGAAAAGUAUGUGCCACCCCAUUUGAGAAAUAAAGUAUCUGAAACAAACAAAGAACAUUUGAACAGGAUAAGAAAGCAACUGAAAGGACUCCUUAACAAACUGAGUGAGGGUAAUCUUCAAUUCAUCUGCACUGAAGUAGAGAACCUCUUUACAAAGAACAGCAGAAAUGAUAUGAAUGAACUCCUGACAGAUCUUAUCUCUGGCUCCUGUAUCACACCAUCUCUUAUGCCUUCCAAGCUACUGAUGGAGCACUGCUUAUUAAUAUCUAUCCUCAACUCCAAUAUUGGCAUGGAAGUCGGUGCCUUUUUCACCCAGAAGAUGGCUCAACUUUUUGAUAGUUUUCACAAAACACCAAGUGAUGGCAAAGAAAUUUUUAAUGUUGUGUCACUUUUCACACAUCUCUACAACUUCAAGGUGGUUGACUCUGGUCUUAUCUAUGAUAUCAUCCGUCAUCUUUCAAGAAGCUUCCUUGAAAGAGACAUUGAAAUGCUCCUGCUAAUCAUAAAAAAUUCCGGAGCCGACAUACGACGAGAUGACCCAGGCUCCCUAAAGGACAUUAUUUUACAAAUCCAGAGUAAAGCAGCAUCGAUAGACACCUCUAACCAGUCACGUGUGCGGUUCAUGUUGGAGAUCAUCUCAAAUCUACGCAACAACAACUUACGGAAGAUUCCAGGGUAUGACCCUGCGCCUGUGGACCAUCUGCGCAAACUGCAGCGUUCUAUCGUGCGGGAGUCAGGAACAAGCUCUCAGCUUAAAAUUACGCUUGAGGAUCUUUUACAAGCAAACACUAAAGGGCGCUGGUGGAUCGUGGGCUCAGCGUGGAGUGGACGACAUGAGAGUGGGACCACUGUUACGUCACAACAGUGGAGCUCCAAGUUGUUAGAGCUAGCACGUAAACAGCGCAUGAAUACUGACGUCCGAAAAAACGUGUUCUGCCUUAUGAUGACAAGUGAGGAUUACAUCGAUGCAUUUGAGAAACUUCUGAAGCUCAAUUUGAAAGAAGUGCAGUCUCGAGAGAUCAUCCAUGUUCUCCUUGAGUGCAGUUUACAGGAAAAAUCCUAUAACCCGUUCUACGCAUAUCUUGGACAAAAGUUCUGCGAAUACAACCGAAGUUACCAGAUAACCUUCCAGUACUCUCUUUGGGACAAGUUCAAGGUCAUCAACACUAUGACGUCACAGAGUGCUUUGAACUUGGCGCGGCUGCUCAGCCACCUGAUCUCUUCCAAAGGGCUUUCUCUCUCUAUUUUAAAGGCUGUGAAUUUUGUCGAGCUGGAUAAGCCGUCUAUCAGAUUCUUUAAGCAAUUCUUUACUCAUUUGCUGAAGGAUUACCCCGCAAAGGUGUCAAUAGGGCCGUUUGAUAGAAUCUCCUCCAUUCCCGAGCUGGAGCCUCUUAGACAAAGUUUACGGAUUUUUAUUCGCCAUUUUCUACGGAAGAAAAAGGCAACAGAAGGUAAACAUGAACAACAUGCGCUUGACUCAAGGAUAGAGGCCGCGUGUACCGCACUAAAGAGCUCAAGCGAUAUGAGGUUGUAGGUCAGUGGCAUGGAAGAGCUCAAGCGAUGUGAAGUUGUAGGUUAGUGGUACGGCAGAGCUCAAGCGAUAUGAGGUUAUGUAGGUCAGUGGCACGGAAGAACUCAAGCGAUGUGAAGUUGUAGGUUAGUGGCACGGAAGAACUCAAGCGAUAUGAGGUUGUAGGUUAGUGGCACGGAAGAGCUCAAGCGAUAUGCGAUUGUAGGCUGUGGCACGGAAAAGCUCAAGCGAUAUGAGGUUAUGUAGGCCAGUGGCACGGAAGAACUCAAGCGAUAUGAGGUUGUAGGUUAGUGGCACGGAAGAGCUCAAGCGAUAUGAGGUUAUGUAGGCCAGUGGCACGGAAGAACUCAAGCGAUAUGAGGUUGUAGGUUAGUGGCACGGAAGAGCUCAAGCGAUAUGAGGUUGUAGGUUAGUGGUACAGAAGAACUCAAGCGACGGGAGAUUGUAAGAAAGAAGGACUUGAGAGCUCAAGCGACAUUAAGUAAUGAGGUAGAUUUAAUUUACAUAUAAAUGAAUAGAGUGAAAGCACUAGAUGAAAAUCAGUCAUUAUUUUAUUAUUUCUUGAAAAAUAUCUUUUAAAAAAUACCAAAUACAUAAUUUGUCCAAAAAUAAAAAAUAAAUGUAUUUACAAAAAAUGUAAGGCAUGCCCAUUUGGCGCUUGGAGCUUGCCUUUUAUAUAGUAUUAGAAAGCCAGCCACCUCGAAAAUGUAAAAUAAAUUACAUUGGACCUAA